AUGGCCAUGUCCAGCGGCUGUGCCAGUGGCGACCUUGAGGAAUCGACCUGGCUUCCAGCGACGCUUCUUGUGUCGACGAUCGCAAAUGAGCUCGGUGUUGCCACGAAGGACGUCGAGACUGUGAAUUGCCGGCUGAGUUCAUCGGAGAAGCUGGUUGCCAACAUGACGAGGACCCUGGACCUGGUGAGCAACCGCGCUGCAGGGGAUUACCUGCUCAGUCUGCGUGCCGGUCUGCAACACCUCGGCGAGUCCUUGGAAUCCAUGGUCUCGCAGGACAGCACCUGCUGGCAGGAGGAUUCUGUCGGAACAGCCUUCAACGCGGCCGUGAGUCAGCUGAACCGGCUAGUCAAUGCUGGACGAGUGAACUCUGGAUACUGCCCAUUUACUGGCAAACAGCAGACUACGAUUGGUGGCUCUGAGGUUGGAAGCCUGCUGAGAAAGCUGGCACAGAUUAGACCUGGUGCCAUACAGCACGGUGGGCAGGAGACCAAAAAGCUUGGCCGGGCGAUUGGGAAGCUCCUGCGAGAGGUGCGAAAAUCAGGCAACGACCCAGAUCCAGCCGGAGCAAUCCCAGUCAAUUGGGAGAUGAGGACGGCGAUGUUCGGGGCCCGUGUUGAGAUGUGA